AUGGAAAUGUGCGAGGAAUUGGAAGAGGCGGAGAGCACACUGAAACAACUUUCUAAACAAGAGGAAGAAACAUGCGCUCGCCUCGAAGAACUCCUCCUCAGCCACGGCGAUAUCGAUCAAAGAAUCCAAAAAAUCCAUAAGUUGAUGCCAUCGUUCCAAUUGGUGAACAGCGACACAGAGGAGCUGAACAAAAUCGUCACCUACACUGCCUCCCUAGCGGAAAACAUCUCGAGAAAAGUGAAACAGCUCGACUUGGCCAAGUCGAUGGUGGCUCAGAGUCUCCAGCGAGUCGACGAUAUAAUGGACUUGAAAGCUUGCACCGACGGAGUGAAGACAGCGCUUCAGAAUGAGGACUACGAGCAGGCCGCCGCACACGUGCAUAGAUUUUUGGGUUUGGAUCAACGCGGUCUACGAUCCUGUGUCGACAUCCAGGAAGGAUCAAGUCUUGAAGAAGCUUUCGCUCAAUUGACAGAAGCUCAGCAGACUCUCAUAGAGAUCGUGCGCCAACGAUUCAACGAAGCGUUGUCAUGUGCUGAUCAAGCGUCGAUUGAGAGAUUCUUCAAGAUAUUCCCUCUCCUCAAUCAACAUAACGAAGGGCUAACAAAGUACUCUAAUUAUCUGUGCCGGCAAGUCACCGAAAACGCGGUACAGUCUCUUCGGAAAGCUCAAGGACUCACGAAAAACGACAAACGCUACCACAUUGUCCUGGCAGACGUCUUCAGUAUGCUCUUCGAAGAUAUCGCGCGAGUUGUGGAGAUACACCAACCUCUCGUGGAGCGAUAUUAUGCUCAUGGACACAUCCACCAGCUCAUCGAGAUCCUUCACAAAGAAUGCUGCGUCCAACAACGACGGAUCUUCCAGGAGUUGCUCUCGAUGCGAGCUUUGGCGAGACGGUGCAAGAAAGCUCAGGACAUCGUGAUAAAAGGCAGCGUCGAGAGAUCGAGCUUGCGCGGGAACUCCAGCUCCGGUAACCUCGUACAGGACUCCCUCAGCGAAACCAAAGAAAUCGAUGCAAUCCUCGAGGAAAUGUCGCUCAUCCAUAAACACGCGGAGCUUUACUUGCGAUUCAUCAAGCGAAGGGUCAAUCUUGAUUUUGAGCAAUCAAACCUCCCACCUGAAACGAAGGCAGCGAAAAUCGCGGAAUUCGAGUCCCGGAUAUCUACCUGUGAUCUGUGCAAAGACAUGCAAGAGCUCACGAGCUACUACAUUUGUCUCGAAGAGUUCUUCAUGGUUGAGUCGGUGAAGAAGGCGGUUGACUACGAGUCAUACGAAGAGGGAUCCCGGACGUCGUCUCUUCUGGAAGACGUAUUUUUCCUGCUGAAAAAAUGUCUGCGGAGGGCUUUCUCGACUUCUUCCAUCGAUGGGGCUUGUGCGAUGCUGAAUCAUACCUGUUCCAUGAUCGAGGGCGAGUUCCACAAGGCCUCGAAUGAGAAAAUUCAGCGAGGUUUCCCCACGGGGGCCAUGAUGGACCAUGCAUUCAAUAUAAUUCAGGGUAAAAUCCAAAGCCAUGCCGAGCAGGAGCGCGACCGUGGCGUGUAUAUCGUGACGCUGAACAAUCUCGAAACCGCGUGCGAAUACAUCAACACACUGGUUGGGGCUCUAAACGCUGAGUGUCCGAAACGGUUCCCUGGUGGAACUCCUCAAGAUCGCGCUAAACUCGAGACAUGCCUCACGAAUCUUCAACAGUCCGGUAAUAAAUUGCGUUCCUUGGCAUCGAACGGCAUAGGCCAACUCUCGAACUCCGCGAUCCGACCCCUUGUGAAAGUCUGCUGCGAUAGUUUCCAUACUUCGAACCAUCAGCUGACCGAGAUGGAGUUCGCGCAAUUUGAAGCGGACGAUGGUCUCAGACCCUACAUGCAACAGUUCAUGAUGAACUUAGACCAGUUAAUAAAUACCUUCAAAGAGGUUCUGAAUCCGAAGAAUCACGAGCAGCUGGUAGCACUCGCGGCGUCGGAUAUUACCCAGCUUCUGGAGAAGGCUGCUCUGAAAGCAGUCUACAAUCGGCUCGGAGGCAUGCAGUUCGAUAGGGAGCUCCGAUUUCUGAUAGGUUACUUGACGAAAAUAGCCAGCUGGAGUAUACGAGAUAAGUUUUCGAAACUGACUCAGAUCGCGCUUCUGUUGAAUGUUGAAAGUGUCUCCGAAGUUGAAGAUAUCUGCAGCGCCAACGUGCAGUCCCACCUGACCUGGAGGCUCACGCCAGUGGAGGUUCGGCAGGUGCUCUCAUUGAGGGUAGAGUUCAAAUCGGACGAGAUUAGAAAACUCAAGGUCUGA